AACAUGUUGUUCUUUCUGUAAAUGCAAUAUGACUGAUUACUACACUCCUUCUUUAUUAUUUAGACAAAAUGCUAUACGGAGAUAUAGCCCCAGCUUGUCUCCCAUAUCUAGCCAAACCAGUUUAGCCAGUACCAUUGAAAGUCUUCACCCUAAUAAAAAUAGCUGGCUACUUAAUUUAGACAACCCAAAAGAUUCCCAAGUUCUUACACAAUCAUGUUCAUUGAAUCGGGUGAACAUCAAAUCAAACUAUUGGAAAAUUCCCGACACUAAUAUGAACCUUACUGGUUUAGCUAUUGCCCCCAAUUCACCAAGUGUCACACCCACAUUAGCCAUAUCACUGGGUAACCGUGAUGCUAAUUUAUUUAUAUAUCAAUUAAAUCUCGAUGAAAAUAACUUGACCCACCAUUGCACAAUCACAUUGCCUAAUAUCCAUGCCAUGGAAUGGGUGAACAACCAGUAUAUGAUUACAGGUAAUAACAAAGGGUAUGCCCAUUUAGUUUCCAUUCCUAGUGUGACCGAUGCAGAAGAAAACGAUGAAGAUGCCGAGAUUUGCAAACGAUUCAACCAUAGAAAACAUUUAAAGAAUCAUCCUGACAAAUAUAAAUCUACUGCCAUUUCAAAACUCGCCAUUCACAACAAUGAAUUGAUCUCCCUUUAUAACAACCACUUGUUUCAAUGGGAUAUAAAGGGCGUUGACACCCAAACUAAACCCAGCCCAAUUUCCAUAACUAACAUAUCUGGAAUAUCGGAUAUGGAUACAUUGGCCGGGUCAAGUACUUUGGCCAUUGCUGGGAAAUUUGGGGUAUCGCUUUUCGAUAGUAGAGAUGCUAAGUUUAAAGUCCCUCAAUACAUUCUACCCGAUAGCUAUGAACAAUUCCGUGAACUCAACGCUAAUAUAAUCAGAUGGAAUAGUAUGGAUAGUAAUGUAUUGGCCAGUGGCCAUGGUGAUGGUGUGGUUAGACUUUGGGACGUCAGAAAAAUCAAUAGUUGUGUUGCAAGUUUAUGUUCAAGUACAAGUGCAGAACACACUCCAACUAUAACCACCCUCGAAUGGAAUAAUGGUGAUAUAUUUACUGGAGCACAAGAUGGGAAUAUAAUCCAUUGGGAUUUAACUAGUACUCCACUCUCAACUAGCCAUACUACAUGCACACUUAGUGAGGGUUUAAACAGUGUGAAAUUUGAUGGUCGUAGUAACAAGAUUGAAAUUGCUCAGCAACGUCAAUGUGGUACUAUACUUCCUGCUUCCAAUACCAAUAUUGUUAGCAUGACUAGUUUGCAACUUGAUGAUGAUACCGUUGUUGUUUCGAUCGAUGGUUCUUCAUUCUUGGGUGUUCACUCGAAAGUCACUGAAAUUAAACAAUAUCAUACUAAUUUGUUUGACAACACUCUUGUAUCUUCAGAUACAUUGGUGCUGGUGAAUGAGGCUACCCAACCAUUACAGAUCAAAGAGAAACGAGUGACAAGCAGUGAACCAAUAAUACCGGUAGGUAUAAACAAUGUGUCAGUAGAUACAUUGCAAGACGUCAUCGUAGUAGAGGACGGAGAAGAUUUCCAUUUUGGAAGUAAUACAGAUGUUGAUAGUUGUGCUUCAUUACAGGUUGAUUCACCCAAUAGUAGUACACAUUCGGUUGAAUCGUUGUCAACAUUAGCCACCGAGGUGGACCAAUAUAAUAACAAAGGCAUAAACUUGAUGUUUAAUGGUAUUUUCGAUGCCUUGCUGUGAUUUAUGGUAUGAUUUUUCUCUUAGUAAUAAUUUAUAAUAUGCCCGUAAAAAAAAGUAAUAACUUCGGCCCGAUUUGUAAGACUGUAGUAUUUUGGAGACGCUGACUAAGAGGCGAAGCACGAUAGUGAGGGGGG